GGAGUGGAGCCAAAAGGUAAGCUGAGAGGAAGUGACGAUAGGCGGUUGUUUUCUUUGUGUGGUUUAUUGAGAUUUUGGUUGAUUAGUUGAUUGCCCAUAUGGAAAGUGGUGGAAAAAGCUUUUGGGUCCUGUUCAUCUUCAAUUGUUUUCAGGGGGAUUUUCUUCUUUCCUGAGAAUAAAUGUUGAAGAAGAUGAGAUUCAAUUGGAAGCACCAAAUGUCCCUUCACAAGCACAACCAUGUUUUUGUCAAGUUCUUUGUCUUGAUCCUUCUAUUGGGUCUUGCUUUUCGCCUCUUUUUCUCUCAUUCCACCAGUUUUCCUCCUGUUACUGAAUCUCCUUUUCUAGAGAAAGCAGUGUCUAUCCAGUCACCCGCUCCUGCUGAGACGCCGGUUUCCGUAGAUGCCCCGGAGGUUGAUGAUCAGACACCUCAGAAAGGUUUAAUUCCAGAAAAAUGCGAUCUCUUCACUGGAGAUUGGAUCCCAAACCCAUCGGGUCCAGUUUACACAAAUGAGAGCUGCAGUUUCAUAGAAGAACAUCAAAAUUGCAUGAGGAAUGGUCGCCCUGAUUCAGAGUAUCUUUACUGGAGGUGGAGCCCCCGGGAUUGUGAGCUGCAACGGUUUAAUGCAGAGAAAUUUCUUGAGUUGAUGAGGAAUAAAGCAUGGGCAUUGAUUGGUGAUUCAAUUUCUCGCAACCAUGUGCAGUCACUGCUUUGCGUUCUCUCCAAGGUAGAAAAAGCUGUACAAGUCUAUCAUGAUGAAGAAUACAGAUCCAGAAUAUGGUACUUCCCAUCCUACAACUUCACUCUCUCAGUGAUUUGGUCACCUUUCCUUGUAAAAGCUGCCAUUUUUGAAGACAUUAACGGAAUCUCAACAUCUGAAGUCCAGCUUUAUCUCGACAAACUUGAAAAGAAUUGGACAGACCAAUACCAAAGUCUAGAUUACAUGAUAAUUUCUGGAGGACAAUGGUUCCUCAAGUCCGCGGUCUACCAUGAGAAUGACACUAUUGUGGGUUGCCACUACUGCUCAGACAAGAGCUUAACUGAGCUUGGAUUUGGCCAUGCUUAUCGCAAAGCCCUUCAUCUGGUACUUAACUAUAUCGCAACAUCCAAUCACAAGGGGCUGAUUUUGUUCAGGACUUCAACACCAGAUCAUUUUGAGAAUGGAGAAUGGCACAAUGGUGGGACUUGCGAUAGAAAGAGACCAUUUAAAGAAGGGGAGAUUGAAGCGAAAUUGGCUGAAAGGGUAUUGCGUGAGAUUGAGUUAGAUGAAUUUGCAAAAGCAGAGAGCAUAGCAUCUGAAAAUGGGGUGAAACUGAAACUUUUUGACACAACCCAACUUUCUUUAUUAAGGCCUGAUGGGCACCCAGGUCCAUACAGACAUUUCCAGCCAUUUGCAGUGGAUAAAAAUGCAAAAGUUCAAUAUGACUGCCUGCAUUGGUGUUUGCCUGGGCCCAUAGACUCCUGGAACGAUUUGUUGAUGGAAUUGGUUGUAAAUGGCUGAAACCCUUCUGGGUUCUUCUGAAUAUAACAUUGUUAUUAUUUCCUUGACAUCCAAGGGGAUUUUGAGGUCUUUGGAUCGCGAUUAUUGGAGAGAUUGGAGGGGUUGAUUCUGCCUUGCCUUGUCGUGUAUCACCAUAUAUUUCUUUCCAAAUGUCUGUCUCUAUUGGUGGGAUGUGACCACCAUCCGUCGUCGAGUCGGGCCGAUGACUGGUAUUUCGUUUUGCGUAUUGUCUUUUUCUUUGGGCCUUCGUGGGGGUGGGGAUGGGGAUGGGGAUGGAGCUGGAAUGAAGGUAGCCAUGGCAUUUGGAAUGAAAAUUGUAAUCUACAAAGUUAUUCCAUAUUUUUAUCUGC